AUGAAAAGGAAGUUUGAAGGGAAUGCUAGAGUUAAGAGGUCUCAUUUACAGGCUCUCCAAAAGGAAUUUGAAACUCUAGAAAUGAAGGUUGGAGAAGGAGUCACAAAGUAUUUUUCAACAAUGCUGAUUGUGGCAAACAAAAUGAAAACAUAUGGAGAACAAAUGCAAGAUGUCACAGUGGUGGAGAAAAUUCUUAGAUCGUUGAGUGAAAAGUUUAACUAUGUUGUUUGCUCAAUUGAGGAAUCCAAAGACAUAGAUCAACUUUCUAUUGAUGAAUUGCAGAGUUCUCUAAUGGUUCAUGAAAAAAAGUUUACCAAACACAGCGGAGAAGAGCAGACCUUGAAGGUGAACAUGAAGGAACGAGAGGUUGUGGACGUGAACUUUUAG